AGCUAUAUACCGCCACGCCCGUCGCUCUCGCCACCGCACCACCACUCCCUCCUCCUCCGCUCCCGAUCUCCUCCCCAUCGCCACCACCACCGACUCCUCCUCCUGCCGCGGCGGCGGCGGUUGCAGCAGCCAUGGUGCUCUUCUCGGUGACGAAGAAGGCCACCACGCCCUUCGACGGCCAGAAGCCCGGCACCUCCGGCCUCCGCAAGAAGGUUACUGUAUUCCAGCAGCCUCAUUACCUCCAGAACUUUGUGCAAUCCACAUUUAAUGCCCUUCCUGCCGACAAAGUAAAAGGUGCUACCAUUGUUGUGUCUGGUGAUGGCCGCUAUUUCUCGAAGGAUGCUGUUCAGAUCAUUACAAAAAUGGCUGCUGCUAAUGGAGUAAGACGUGUUUGGGUUGGACAAAACAGCUUAAUGUCCACUCCAGCUGUAUCUGGUGUCAUCCGUGAAAGAGUUGCUGCAGAUGGAUCAAAGGCUACUGGUGCGUUCAUCUUAACAGCGAGUCACAACCCAGGUGGUCCUACUGAGGACUUUGGGAUCAAAUAUAACAUGGAAAAUGGUGGACCUGCCCCUGAAUCGGUCACCGACAAGAUUUUCUCUAAUACAAAGACAAUUACUGAAUACCUCAUCGCCGAAGACCUUCCAGAUGUUGAUAUUUCUGUGGUAGGUGUCACUAGCUUCAGUGGACCUGAAGGACCUUUUGAUGUUGAUGUCUUCGACUCCACUAUUGAUUACAUAAAGUUAAUGAAGACAAUCUUUGACUUUGAGUCAAUUAAAAAACUUUUGGCAUCUCCGAAGUUUACAUUCUGUUAUGAUGCCCUCCAUGGUGUUGCUGGGAAUUAUGCAAAGCGCAUCUUUGUUGAAGAGCUUGGUGCUGAUGAAAGCUCAUUGUUGAACUGUGUUCCAAAGGAAGACUUUGGAGGGGGCCACCCAGAUCCUAACCUCACCUAUGCAAAAGAACUAGUUGAUCGGAUGGGUCUUGGAAAGUCCUCAAAUGUUGAACCCCCAGAAUUUGGUGCUGCAGCUGAUGGAGAUGCUGACCGCAACAUGAUUCUGGGCAAAAGAUUCUUCGUGACACCUUCAGAUUCGGUUGCCAUUAUUGCAGCCAACGCUGUUCAGUCGAUUCCUUACUUUGCUUCUGGCCUGAAGGGAGUUGCCAGGAGCAUGCCCACAUCAGCUGCCCUUGAUGUUGUUGCGAAGAAUUUGAAUCUCAAGUUCUUUGAGGUGCCUACUGGGUGGAAGUUUUUUGGGAACUUGAUGGACGCCGGAAUGUGCUCAAUUUGUGGUGAAGAGAGCUUUGGCACUGGUUCUGACCACAUUCGUGAGAAAGAUGGUAUUUGGGCUGUUCUUGCAUGGUUGUCUAUUCUUGCUUUCAAGAACAAGGACAACCUUGGAGGAGAUAAGCUUGUUACUGUUGAAGAUAUCGUUCAUCAGCACUGGGGUACUUAUGGUCGCCAUUAUUAUACACGAUAUGACUAUGAGAAUGUCGACGCAGGAGCUGCUAAGGAACUUAUGGCAAACCUUGUCAGCAUGCAGUCGUCCCUUUCUGAUGUUAACAAAUUGAUUAAGGAGAUCCGAUCAGAUGUUUCUGAUGUGGUUGCUGCUGAUGAGUUCGAGUAUAAGGAUCCUGUUGAUGGCUCUGUCUCCAAGCAUCAGGGUAUCCGCUACCUCUUCGGAGAUGGUUCCAGACUGGUAUUCCGUCUCUCUGGAACUGGUUCUGUCGGUGCCACUAUUCGUGUCUACAUCGAGCAGUAUGAGAAUGAUUCUUCCAAGACUGGAAGGGAUUCUCAGGAUGCCCUUGCUCCUCUGGUUGAUGUUGCACUGAAGCUUUCCAAAAUGCAAGAGUACACUGGCCGAUCUGCGCCCACCGUGAUCACAUAAACUUUGGAAGAGACGCCCAUUCUAGAAUGUAUUUGAGGCUGCUCGUGGACUUUUCUUUUAUGGCCUCCUGUUUGAUAGCUUUUUCUUUUACAUCUCACCCUGAAUAAAUGUGUAUGUACCAGACUGUUCUCGUUUUCUUGCCAAUACUGCAGACUCUGCUGCAGGCCGGUACAGUGUGCGGCGAUAAUCUUGCAAGUGUUGUAACUGAGGGUACAUAUAUAAGCGAUAUAUCGAUGUUUUUUGCCAAGGGA